AUGUCGAAAACAGUUGUUCCAUCGUUGUUAACAAUUCCAAUCGAGAUUGUUUAUCGAAUUCUUGAUCAAAUGACUCCAAAAAAUAUCAUGAAAAGUCUACGCGAAGUUUGUCAAAGGCUAAACAAAAUCAUAGACACCUAUCCACCAUAUAAAAAAUUUGAUCGUGUUUUCUUAAAAGCUGGAGAAAUGGAUCCCGAGCGAUUCGCACCACUUGCUAAUGCUCUGAAAUUCAAUAAAACAGUAACGAAGUUCGAAUUCAGAGGUGAUCAUAUUGGAAGAUGCGGUGCUGAAAUGUUGGAGUUCAAUCAAGGUGUAAAAAUGGUCGAUCUAGAUACUUGUACAGCUGGUGGCGAAGGUGCUGAAGCAUUUUUUCAUGCAUUGACAACUAAUAGAACACUUCAAACAUUGGCGAUACGUCGCUAUAACAUCAACUCAUCGAGUGUUCAUAUAUUGGUAGAUGCACUGAAAACAUUGACGGAACUCGAUUUAGAAGUGAAUUUCCUAAAUGAAAAUGGUACACAACAGUUAGCAGAAGCAUUGAAAGUCAACGACACACUUACAACAUUGAAAUUCCGCUAUAAUUUUAUCGGUUCAAAAGGAAUGAAAGGCAUAGGUGAAGCCUUGAAAGUCAACAAAACAUUGAAAACUUUGUCAUUUCAUGAUGAAGAUGUUGUGAAAGACGGUGCUCUUGCCUUAGCAGAAGCGCUGAAAAUCAAUGAAACACUAACGUCGAUUCGUAUUCUUUGGAGUAAGACUGAUGAAUUAGGUGUUGAAGCACUAGCUGAAGCAUUGAAGUUUAACAUCGGAUUGAAAAACAUAGAACUAGAAAAUGCUCAUAUUUCACAGACAGGUAUUCAAGCUCUUGCCGAAGCAUUGAAAAUCAAUCGAACAAUAACACAUUUCAAGCUUGAGGACAAUACUUGUGAUGCUAAGAGUGCAUAUGCUCUUGCUGAGGCACUUGCUGUCAACAACACACUGAUAGAUCUAUCUCUCAAAGGUAACAGAAUAAAUGCAGAAGGUGCUAAAAUGUUAGCUGAAGGAUUAACGACGAAUCAGGGAUUAACAACACUUAAUCUCGAAUACAACAAUAUUGGUCCUGAAGGUGCACAAAGUUUUGCACAAAUAUUACAGAUCAAUCACACACUGAAAAAAGUAAAACUAUAUCGAAAUAAAAUUGGUGAGGAAGGUUCGGCAGCUUUGGCAUCUGUUAAACGAGAUGGACUUGAACUCAGCUUCUAA